AAAAGAGAUUGGCCACAACAUUAUUGAAAGCUGUCACCAGCCCAUUUCACUCUCCACUCUUUAUAUACCUCUCUAUCUCCAUUCCUUCGUUGUAUCCCCACUCCAUAGUCCACAAUAUCCUCAUUCAAAAUGUCUCUUUUACCCCUCAGCUUCUUCAUCUUCUUCAUCACACUAUCUGCCAUUGUUGCUUCUGCUGCAACUGUACAGACACUUAAUACAAAUCAGCAGCAUUCAAAUGAUAAAGGUUACACCUUUCAUAACCCAAAGCUUCCACCUAAAACCCUCACCACUUCCAAGAAGUUUGAAGGUUCGUCGGAGCUUGUCAACCUCCGAUACCAUAUGGGUCCUGUUCUUUCUUCUCCGAUCAGCAUUUACCUCAUAUGGUAUGGAAAGUGGGCCCCUACCCAGAUGUUGUUGAUCAAAGACUUCCUUCUAUCUAUCUCCACCACCAAACGCCGUGCAGCCCCGCAUCCUUCCGUCUCUGACUGGUGGCAGACGGUUUCACUCUACACCGAUCAAACCAACGCCAACAUCUCCCGCUCCAUCCUCAUCGCCGGAGAAUAUUCUGAUCGUAAGUACACUCAUGGAACACACCUCACUCGUUUGACAAUCCAAGAUGUCAUUGCUUCAUCCGUACGAUCAGCUCCGUUUCCGGUUGAUCACAAGAACGGGAUUUACCUCGUCUUGACUUCCGUCGACGUCACCGUUGAGGAUUUCUGUCGGGCCGUUUGUGGGUUCCACUACUUCACAUUCCCAUCGAAAGUAGGCUACACUUUACCUUACGCAUGGGUGGGGAACUCCGGCAAACAAUGCCCGGAGGUUUGUGCUUACCCGUUUGCCGUUCCGGCGUAUAUGCAGGGCGGCGGCCCGGGUGCAUUGUCUCCACCCAAUGGCGACGUCGGAGUUGACGGGAUGAUCAGUGUGAUCGGACACGAGCUGGCGGAGCUGUCGUCGAAUCCGUUGGUGAAUGCUUGGUACGCCGGGGAAGAUCCGACGGCGCCGACAGAGAUCGGUGAUUUGUGUGAGGGGUUAUACGGGUCGGGUGGUGGCGGCGGGUACAUUGGGGAUGUGAUGAAAGACGGGUCGGGUCGUACGUUUAAUAUGAAUGGUAGAAGAGGUAGAAAGUUCUUGGUACAAUGGAUAUGGAGCCCCGUUUUGAAGGCAUGUGCUGGACCCAAUGCGAGAGAUUGAUUGAUAAUUGAAUAAUGGCAUGCAUUACCAGUGUACUAUAUGCAUUUAAUGUUGUACUUACAUAUGGUGAUAUGUUAAAUGCUAAAGUGAAGGGGGGAGGAUGAGAUUGAUGAAAGUUGGGGGACCAUGGGAGAAAAAGUUAAAGUUUUUUUUUUUUUUUUUCAUAGAUUUUUUUAGGUUCAUAAUUUUGAUUUUUUAGAUUUUUUUUAAGUAUAAAGAAAAAUAUUGAGACAUGGGGUUUAGUUUAAUAUCAUCACAUCUUGUGGUCUUAAUUCAUGUUCAAAGAAAUUGAUAUGACUUUUUGUUUAAA